GUCCGGGUAGCUAUUUGGUUAACUACUGUAGUUAACUAACAAGUGAGGGUGGGUUGUCAGAGGCUUGAGCAAAGGAGAUAUAAACAUUUUGCAAAACAAACUACUGGGGGUCUGCCUAGUUUUGGGGAGGGACAAAAUGCGAGGGAACAGGAGGACUGAACAGAAAAUAGUCCAACACAUGGAGAGGGCAUUUGGAAUAGUUGAAUGAAUGACAUAUGGGCAAGUUUGAAAGUUGACAGAAGAAUUGAGCAAUGCGUGUUUUGCAAGUUAUUCUUUUAAAAUAUUGAUUUUGUUGGUUUUAGGGUAACGUAUCGUGAUGUAACGUGGCUAGCCAGCUACAGUAGUUGAAGACUUUGAACAGAACACGAUACAGUGGGACAGUGAGCGCUUUAGCUCGCAACACCUCAGUGAACUGCCAGCUUUGCUAGACUAGCAAUAACACUUCUCUUUCCGUUUAUCUUUACUCUUCUUUACGCUGUCGUUGAAAUUGUCUUACAUUUCACAGAUAAGCUUGUUGCUAACGGUUUGAUAGGUGUCAAGUUUAACUUUUGUGGUUGUUGGACAUGGUUUUCAAUAACAGCUAGCUAGCUAAAGUUAGUCAGCCAUCAUUAAUUUGUAUUUUUCAACGUUGGACGGACUGAAUGUUCACCUUUGGGAUACUUAACGUUACUGUCAGUAAACAGCAACAAGACAACAUCAACGUUGUAUUUUAAACGAGACAAUAUGCAAAAGUUCAACUCGACACACACUAGUACUCUUCCUCGGGACGCUGAGCUUCAGCAGCGUUUAGCCGACAACGGGGGAGCCGGGGAGGCGAUGAAGGAAAACGGCGCUGGGAAGAAUCACAUCCUUGCAGAACCUGCAGACAGUUCACUCUGUACCAAGAGAAAGAUGCUGGUCGCCUUGGAUGUUUUCUGUCUGUUUGUAGCCUCCAUCCCGUUCUUUGCGUGUGAGUUGAAGGCGGUGACUCCGUACCGGAGGGGUUUCUUCUGUGGGGACCAGAGCAUCACCUACCCCUACCUGGAGAGAGAGGCCAUCCCUGACGCACUGCUCAUCGCUGGGGGCAUCGUCAUCACUGGCCUCACGAUUGCGCUGGGCGAGUGUUACCGGGUUCGUUUCUGUGAGGUGCAAUCGCAGGCCUUCGUGCGGAACCGCUAUGUCUCCUGCCUCUACAAGGAGCUGGGCAGCUUCCUGUUUGGCUGCUGCGUGGGCCAAUCACUGACCAACAUGGCCAAGCUGAGCGUGGGGCGUCUGCGACCUAACUUCCUGUCGGUGUGCAACGUGACAUACGCCUCGCUCAACUGCGUCCCCGGCUCCUACGUGGCCCAGGUCACCUGCAGGCAGCCCAAACACAAGAUGGUGGAAGAGGCCAGGAAGUCCUUUUUCUCUGGCCAUUCCUCUUUUGCCAUGUACACCAUGCUCUACCUGGCGUUCUACCUGCAGGCACGGUUGUCAUGGCGAGGGGCUCGUCUGCUGCGCCCGCUGCUGCAGUUCCUGCUGGUGAUGAUAGCCGUGUACACCGGGCUGAGCCGCAUCUCCGACUACCGCCACCACCCCACCGACGUGAUCACCGGCUUCAUCCAGGGAGGCCUCACCGCCUACUGGGUGGCCUUCUAUAUUUCCUCCAUGUUUAAGAACAACCGUCCAGACCUGUCUCCCACCAGCAUGUCUCUGGAGAGCCCCCUGUCCAGCCAACAGACCGUCUGCUAGCAACACCUGCCCCAACACACCCCUCCUCACCUACCUGGACGAAUGGGGGAUGGGAGAAAAGACAGAAAGAGAGAGAGAGGGAGAGACAGUCAGAUAGCAGAGGUGAGCAGCACAUGGAGGGACAGGGAGGGAGAGAAAGUGUGUGAAAAGGAAGGGGGAUGAGAUAAGAGGUAGAGCAGGUAAAGAGCGUUCUAGCAAGUACACACAUGCUCUGAUGAAUACGUCAAGACACGCACACACACGCAGUGCCACCUCUCUCUCACUAACACACACUACCAUCUAACACACACACACACACACACACAGACACACACAGACACACACACACACACACACACACACACACACACACACACACACACACACACACACACACACACACACACACACACCAAAUCACUGUAGAGUACAGCCCGUCCACAUGGAGAUAUGCAUAGUAAUUUUACAGAUAUUUUUGUAUUCGAAAAACGACAAAUGUUUCUAUUUUUCAAAUGAGAGUCGUAGAUGAAGCUGCUAAUGAUAAUGAUUUGUUCCUGUUCUAAGUAGAAUAUGUUUUAAAUGUGAUGGUGGUUAGUGGGCAGUGCAUUAGGUUAGCUCUCACAAACACACGGUCGGUCAGUGUCUCUAAAUUAUCUUCAUUGGUCGUCACUUCGUUGGUCAUCCUCUGACCAGCCUGGAUGAUGAUAUCAUCAGCUUGACGUCCCCUGACUCUAAUUCUGUGGAUGUCUCAUUGACGUUCCCCGACUCUAAUUCUGUGGAUGUCUCAUUGAUGUCACCUGACUCUAAUUCUGUGGAUGUCUCAUUGACGUCCCCUGACUCUAAUUCUGUGGAUGUCUCAUUGACGUCACCUGACUCUAAUUCUGUGGAUGUCUCAUUGACGUCACCUGACUCUAAUUCUGUGGAUGUCUCAUUGUGUGAAACGAGACAGUCAGAACUGAACUGUUAUUUCAGACCUCUACACGGAACAACAGCGCUGCAUGGAGUGACAAAUCCUGGCAACCAAAUAAGGAACAAGCACUGGCCUUGUGUGCCCUCUUUACCAGUACCCUCUCCAUCCUUCACCCUCUAACUCCACAGCAACUAGUAGAGGAUGUCAUGGACAAAGACAAAAUAGAACACUUUGUAUUAAACCAAGUAUCUUAUCUUAACUUUAGUUACCCAGGAGUGAUAGGGUGGAAAUCUGCUUUGCCCAGGUUACGUCCCCUCCCCUUCACUCCCACGCUUUUCCAUGUCUGUACUCUGUACUAACCACUUAUUACUGUGUCUCAGAGGCGGAGCUAUGACUGAGCCCUGUAACCUUUGACCUAUUACCCUGACCUCUGAGCUGCACCUUGAGUUAUGCCACUCUCACAGGGGAGCCAAAAUGGCUGCCUCGUGUUGCCUAUGGCAGAGGUCUCCUGUAUAUUCCUAUUAAUAGCACUUGAACUACAUAAUGGAACCUACUCUAAUUGCUAUUAUAUAUAUUUUAUCUCAAGUUUGAAUAAUCAGUGUUUUAUUUCUCUUAAUAUGUCACUCUCAUACGGUAUAUGUUUUAGUUUUUUUCCAAAUGAUAAUGAAUCAAAUUGAAUGUAAAUAGAUAUGUCCUUUUUAUAAACCACACAGAAUUUCAAAAGUAUUAUUAGUGCCAUUUUUGGACAGUUUUUUCACGUUUAUGUGUUAUGUGUCUGUGUUGUUGAUCAGGUACGCAGAGUUGUUGUUAUUGUCAUAACGACUAUACUGAGCCAGAGCUAUUAUCAGAAAGCUAUUUCUUGUUUCCAGUUUUGUGUUUUUUGUUUUCUCUGUGAAUGCCAGAAUGGCUGAAAAUAACCACUGUACUCAAAAAAACAAACCAAUAAAAUGAAUGUUGAAUCUUU